CCCAUCAUGUAAGUGCUGCGGAGAAUUCUUUGCAGUGCAAUUGCAAAAUUACCUCGUUUCCCGACGCCUGUGAGGGCUGUGCAAUUGUAACACCGCUCUUUGCACGGACACGCACGCCUCGGACGCAAAAAGGCUCCAAGUGCAUGAAGAUCGAGGCUUGUAUUUUGCAUCUUUGUUGCAAAGCAAGCCGCCGAGGCUCCAGUGCGAGGGCGAUGGAGGGAGGGAGUGAGAAAGAAGGCAAAGUCUUUUGUGCUUCCCCUCCCCCUCAUCAAAGCAAAGGGGAAAUGUCUCAGCCAAAGGGAGGUAAGAGGAAGCCGGUGCUCAAGCUCUCCAAGGAGGUGUUUGAGCAGCCUCCUCCUGCUGCAGUACCCCCCAGAGAUUUGGAUUCGAAAGCUUGUGUAACCAUCGGAGAAAAGAACUUUGAGGUGAAGGCAGAUGACCUGGAGCAGAUCUGUGAGCUCGGCCGUGGAGCGUAUGGAGUGGUGGAGAAGAUGAAGCACGUUCCCAGUGGAGUAAUCAUGGCUGUCAAGAGGAUUCGGGCCACAGUGAACACUCAGGAGCAGAAGAGGCUGCUCAUGGACCUGGACAUCUCCAUGAGGACAGUGGACUGUUUCUACACAGUCACCUUUUACGGAGCGCUAUUCAGAGAGGGUGACGUAUGGAUCUGCAUGGAGCUGAUGGACACCUCCCUCGACAAGUUCUACAAGCAGGUGAUCGAGAAGGGCAAGACCAUCCCCGAGGACAUCCUGGGAAAGAUCGCUGUCUCGAUAGUAAAAGCUUUGGAGCAUCUGCACAGCAAUCUGCAAGUCAUACACAGAGAUGUGAAGCCCUCCAAUGUGCUGAUCAACACUCAGGGCCAGGUGAAGAUGUGCGACUUUGGCAUCAGCGGCUACUUGGUUGACUCCGUGGCUAAAACCAUGGACGCCGGCUGUAAACCUUACAUGGCGCCGGAGAGGAUCAACCCGGAGACGAACCAGAAAGGCUACAACGUCAAAUCUGACAUCUGGAGUUUAGGGAUCACAAUGAUCGAGCUCGCCAUCCUGCGCUUCCCGUACGACUCGUGGGGCACCCCCUUCCAGCAGCUCAAGCAGGUGGUGGAAGAACCUUCACCCCAGCUUCCUGCCGACCAGUUCUCCCCCGAGUUUGUGGACUUCAGCUCUCUGUGCUUAAAGAAAGUUUCCAAAGAUCGGCCGACUUACACAGAACUCAUGCAACAUCAUUUCUUCACCUCCCAUGAGGCCAAAGAAACCGACGUGGCUAGCUUUGUGAAAGUCAUCUUGGGGGACUGAGUUGCCACUCUUUCAAAAAAAGGAGACAGGUUGAAUCUGUUAAAAAGAAAAAGAAAAAAAAAACAACAACAAACAAACAAACAAACAAAAAGCACCAAUCGCAGUCCCUGUUACCUGCAGGACUCCUUUCUGCCUCUCCGUAUUCUCACCCCUCCCUCCAGAAACAGACAGACGGAGUCUAGAGGAGAAGCUGACGAAGCAGAAUGAGGAGCGCCCAACUUCACCUCCAUGUCCCCUGUAGAUACAUGACAUGGCAGCGGUGGGGUGGGGGAAGGGAAGGGAGGAGAGACGGGGGUUAAACCAGUUUCAUUCACCCAUAAUCUGGAAUAAUUGAAGAUGUCUGUAUGCAAAAACUCCCCCCGUUCGGUUAGAUAUGUCUCACCUUUGUGCAUCGCCUACUACUCAAACAUUGUUGCUAUUAGUCAGCGAGUUGACCGUGUGUGUGGAGUUUUAACCUGUCAUAAUGGUCAACCCCAAGUUUUUUUUUUCUUUUGCUGAAAAAGUGAAAAGAGGUGCAGAUUAUAUAAAAAAAAAGAUGAAUGAUAUAAUGAUAUCUAUGUAUAAUCUAAACGUUUGUAUACUCAAGCAAGUGUUGCAUCGGUUUAUUAAUUGAAUGCAUGUACAGAAUAUAUCUCCUGGGUAAAAAUGGCCAGUGAGGAACAGUUGUAGAGUCCAAAGACCUGCAUAUGUACAGCCUCACUUCAAGGCUCCCUAGUGGUCACAAAUAGGUACUGCACUUCAACUGCUUUCCCUUGAUUACAGUGGAGGUCUACUACAUGUUUUGGGCUCUGGCUGCCUGUGAGUGUGUGUGUUUUGUGUGCGUUGGUGUGUGUUUGCGAGUGAGAGGCCUAGUGUGUGAGCUGGUGCAUGAUAUGUUUGUGUGUGUUUUGUAGGGUUGCACGAUUCUAGAUAAAAUUUAGAGUGGCGAUUUCAGUUGAGAUAAUGUUUUUUCGGUCACUAAUCCUAUAGGGUAACUUCUUCAAUGAAAUGUUCCCUCUGCGAUCUUGUUGUACCUUCAUAUUGUGUUGUUGUAGUGUAGUUGUAUGAACUUGUGCCUUUGCUGUGCAAUGCUGCAACUACGUCCAAACUCUGCAGUAGAAAUAAUCAUUUUUAAAUCUGAAAAGGUCUCUCAGAAAAGAAUGUGACGUUUCUUUCUUUUAAUUAGGUUGGUUUGGAGGGACUUCAGGUGAUUGCAUCAAGUCUUAUGUUAAAAUUUUCUCACUGUUUAAAGCACUAAUUAUACUUUCCAUGUGAGGGUCCACUUGAUGCUGUUGAGAGUCCAGCAUAUGGCUUAACAGAGCUGCAUACUCUUUCACUGUCCAUGUCCGCAUCCAUUUUAGCAAUCAGUGGAUUCAGCUAAUGAUGGACAUGUAAAUCCACAUAUAGCUUUCCAGUAAAGUUCAACUUUUGGUGAACUUGGACAAAGAUUUUAACAAUUGUCCUACUGGAAAAAUCAUCUUAUCCACUCUGAGUUUAGAAAGGAAUGGAGAGAACCAGAAGGUCCAUUUGCACAAUCUGCAAAUAGCUCCACUUCACCAAGUUUCAUGCAAGGCCGGCCUAGGCUUGCUAGCUCGUCCAACAGCUAUAAACAACAAGUGUUUAUAGCUGUUCACACUUGAAGAUGAGGCUAAUAGAAAGAAGGUACACUUCUUACAUAGCGCACUUUUCUGUCUCUCCUCAAAGACGUUCACAUGAAAAAAGUGACAAAAUUGAACGAACACCCAACUAAUCAUUAUGUAAAGUGGACGUGAUUGUUAGAUUGUCAGUUUAGGCAAGUUACAUACUGUAUAUUUUCAGAUGUUUCUUACGUCUCCCUCACGGACAUCACAUUCUUCUUUAUUUCUGCUUCGUUGAGGAAAAAUUCGAAGCUCCCCGAUAAUACUAAUCACGUGAGGAUGUGAUUGUCCAGAGGAAAGGCUAAAAUCGUGACUCAAAUCUGAUCAAUCGUGCAGCCCUGCGUGAACACACACACUUUUAAUUGAGGUGUGUGUUGAUAUUGUGGUCAGUUGUGGGAGAAGUUCGCCCAUAUUCUCCUUGUUGUCUGUACUGAGCCAAUCACAACCCUCUCAACUCCAUGUUCAACAUGAAAAGAACUGGAUAUUAUUACUAUUAUUAUUAUUAUUAUUAUUAUUAUUAAUAUUAUAUUAAUUAUUGUUUUUAUUUAGAUCAUUUUUUUCCCCCAAACAUAUUAACUGCAGUUUCUCUUAUUUAUUACAACUGCUGUUUUCCCUCUGAAAACUUGACCGAUCCAUUAGAGACUGUGUUGUGUGUUUGUGUGGGCUGUGUAUGUUUUUUUUGUUGUGUUCUUCUUGGCUCAAACACGUAAAAUGCUUUUAAACUGUAACUUGCAAGCCUUCUAUGUGCCUCUCUAUAGAAAACAACUUAGGAAAAAAUGAUGUCUUGUAAUAAGCAUGAUGCAGGGAUGUCAGCCUCUCCCAUCAUAUCGGCUUCCUCCCUCUUCACACUCUGCAUGGUGUCGUAAAUCCACUUCUUGUUGGCUUUCAUUUUACUUUGUAGAUCGAGCUCAAGUUCAUCAGUAUUCUUCUUUUAUAUUCAUCUCUGGUGUUGCCUUGUUUCUUGGCUUUUUUCUCCUGGUGGCGUCUGAUGGUUAGAAAACGUUGGGCUGCUCACUCAAAGCUCCUUUUUAGUUGUUAUGCAAGUACUACUCUAGUGUCAAAAAUCGGAAACUUGAAGUACAGUAUGUGGCAGGAUGGUUGGGGCGUUGUCACAUUUGGAGAAUUUACAUAAUCUUCUUGCCUACAAAUACUUUGUUGCUGGGUUAUCACGUGAUGUUUUUUGUUGUUGUCUGUCUGAGUUUUGAUUUGUUUAGCUUUGCUGAAGCUGUUUGAUUGUUGUUCAAAAGUUUAAUCCGUGAUGUAAAUGUAGACAGAGAUGAUUGGAAUCUGCUAUGGCUCCUAAUUUAAUUAGGUCUUAAAUUCAGCCUUUCUUUUUAGUCAUUAUGGUACUCUACAACUCAGAGCAGACUCUACAACCAAAACCCUAAAAAUAUGAUGUCUAAACAGUCCAACAGUCAUAAUUCAUCGGAACAGUUUAACAACAAAAAUGUAGGUAGAAAAACAUCACUUUGGAGCAGUAGGAAAAGCUGUAAUGGCAACAUGGACAUAAUAUCACAUAAUAAAAUUAUGUUUGCCCAUUUAUUCAUCCUGCACAUACGUAUCAACAUCAGUGAGCCGUGUUUCUGGCUAACCAGCAAAUAGAAGUCCAAUCUUGGCACUCCUUGUAGUUCAGUUUUGGUCUCCAAUAAAAUCUGAGGGAAAUAUCUCAGAAUUUCAGAAUUUUGAUCUCUCAUUAUUUCAUCAUGAUUAAAGCCGCCAUGUGUAGAAUUCAAUUUCUUAACUUUGGCACCCUCUAGUGGUAGUAUCAAAGACAUUAUGGUAUACAGUAUAGAAAUGCAUACAGCAAGAUUGUCUUAAUUCUCUGUUAGAAUAACUAGAAAGAUGCUACUGUCAAAUGAAAAUGCUCGACGUAGUGACUAUAAAGUCAUCAAAUAUGCAAAUGUUAGUGUAAUUUAUAUUGUCAGAAAAUUGCAGAUUCGUCCUUUAACAAACUAAGGUAAAGGUUCAUUGGAUUCAUCAGCACUUGAGUCUUUGCUCUAUUUUGCCGCCUCUCCAAACACACUCUUUUGUUCUUAGUCCAGUACAGUCCGCGCUGUCAUUUACACUCACAUUCACCAGGGAGUUUCCUGUUUUGUAGCAGACCUGCAACCUUCCUUUCACCCUUCACACCAUAAUCUGCUCCCUGUGGGGCUCAGAUCCCACGGCCUUUGGCUUACUGUUCAUGAGGUGUUCCCUCAGAGUUCCUCGUAGUGUUAUGAACAGAAGAAUGCAUGGCUCAUAAAGCUUCCUUCUGUUUUUAUUUGCUGUACUCCACCGUCAUCCUCCUCCAUUAAUUCCUCCCAUAACGGUUAUCAAACAAAGGCAGGUGAAGCACAGUGGUGUUUCCCUGCUAUGUGCAUCUUUUAAUGAAGGUAAAUCAGAGGAUAAUCUAUCAGACAAAACUCACUGCCAGUCACUAUAAAGAGUACAUUAAGGGCUCCCUCAUUAGUGCAUUUCUGUGCCAAAAAUGGAAAUAUACUUUUGAGAAACUCCAAUUACCCUUAGUGUUUUAUUGCAUGAUGAAAUCAGUGAAAUUCAAGUCAUACUUUUCCUCAGCAGAGUGAAAAGGUUGUCCAGGUGCAGCACGGUCUGCCACAGGUCAGCCCUCACCCGUUGUAUUCAUCCUGCACGCUGGUUAUUUUCUUCUAGAAUAGACCCUGAGGAUCUCAUGAUGAGCCUACCAGUGACCUCUUUGUUCGUCAGAUAAUCAGCAUCACUUUCUCUAAUUUCAUGUGACCGAAAGAGCCGGGGGAGAACAGGCAGGGUUCACGUGGAGCCAGGCUCGAGGCACAGGGAGUUUUUUGAGGAGGGUGACAGUGUGUGCAGCUGUCCUGCUGCUUGAUGAGCAACUCGUCCAGACACUCUUACAUCCCACCUGCGCUGAAAAUAACAGGAUGCUCCUCUUUCCUUCAUCAUCACGUGCAUGCUCUUAUAGCAGUGAUCCAUGUGUGUG